AACAAGAACUCUAGAGCAUAAUAUGUCUUCAAAUUCUGAUCAAUAUGGGUUUAUUGGAUUAGGCGCCAUGGGACUUCCAAUGGCAAUAAACCUUCAAAACUAUAUUUCAUCAAAUAAUCUCCCCCCAUUGAUCGUUUACAACCGGACAUUUUCCAAAACACAGUCUGUAAAAGAAAUUGGAGCUAUCGCUGCUACGAGUUUGAAACAAGUCAUUGAAUAUGCUAAUAUAAUUUUUACUUCACUUGCUAAUGAUGACGCCGUUAAUCAGACUUACAAUAAAAUAUUGAAGGAAUUAGAUCUUAUUGAUGACUAUAAUAAGAGAAAAAUAAUAUUUAUUGAAACAAGCACUAUUUAUCCAACUACAAUUAGUGCUCUUAGAGAAAAGAUCGAGAAUGCAAAUAAUACAUUAUUGUAUUGUCCUGUUUGGGGUCCUCCUCCAGCUGCAAAGAAUGCUCAACUGUCAGUUAUCACUUCUGGCAACCAAGACGCAAUUGAUUACAUACUACCAUUAUUAGUACCUGUGUUAGGAAAGAGAGCUUUGUCUGCUGGUGAUGAUGUAAAGAAGGCAGCAAAAUUUAAACUAAUUGGAAAUUUCUUCAUUGCUGGUACUUGUGAAUUAUUAUCAGAAGGAAUUACUUUCGCAGAAAAAUCUGGUGUUGAAAAAGAAAUGUUCAUGGAAUUUCUUUCCUCCGUGUAUUCACCGAAUGUUUAUAUACGUUAUGGAACAAAAAUGAUGGAAGAAAAAUUUGAUACAGAUAUUGGAUUCUCUGUUGCUAACGCAUUAAAAGAUCUUGGACAUAUUCAGAAAAUCGCAAAAGAUUCAGGUGCGCAUCUGCCACUAGCAGAUUUAGUGUCUAAAAAUUUGAAUUAUGUAAAAGAUAAUGUAUCAGGUGGAAAUGAUUAUGAUUGGAGCAGUAUGAUUGGUGCUUUAAGAGUUG